AUGACAACCGCGUCCAGUUUUGUUGAUGAAGUUUACGGCCAGUUUUUAGUUUGUCCACUGUGCUCGGAACUCUACAAACAUCCGAAAGUGUUGACAUGCUUGCACACGUUUUGUUGCGAGUGCCUUGAAAAUUAUUACGAAAUGGAAGAGCAGGAGCGACCGUACAGAUUCCUCUUGUACAACAGAGCCAUUUCAUGUCCUAUCUGUCGACAAAAAUCUGAGCUGCCAACUGGAGGUAUCGGAAGAUUCCCUGAAAAUUUUUUGGUGGAAAAUUUAAGCAACGUGAUAAAAAAAAGAAUGCCAUCAAAUGAAAAAAAAGAAGAAAUAUUCUGCGAAAUAUGCCGUGAAACAGAUGAAUCAGGCAAGCAACGUGUAGCAGUGACGAGAUGCUUGGAUUGCGUCAAACAUUUGUGUGAGUUUUGUUCUGAUCUUCACAAAAAAACCAAGGUCACCCAAUUUCACGCUUUGUUUGAUAUGCAAAUAGAAAAAAGUGUUCAAUGUAGGACUCAUUCCGAUGAAAUUGUGAAAUAUUUUUGCGAACCUUGCGACGAGUGUGUUUGCAUUUUAUGUGCCUUCCAUCAGCACAAGAAUCACGAAGUCUCCACCAUUGCCGAAGUUCUC